AUGGCUAAUGGCGCGACAAUGCUUGUCAUUUGGAAAACAAGAGAACUUCAUUCGCCAUCAUUCACACUGUUGUUUUGCCUAGCUUUUUCUGAUUUUCUUGUUGGAUUGCUUGGCCAGCCGUUCUUUGUCGCUUUUAAAUCAGCGGAACUACUAGGCAAAUUCGACGCGUACUGUAAGUUGAGACUUUCGCAGUUUUUCAUUGGGUGGAUCACGGGAAGUUUAUCUUUUGUAAUUCUAAGUGGAGUUUCCUUCGAUAGACUCCUUUCUUUGACACUCCACUUGCGAUACACAGCUAUCAUCACAGUUCCAAGGGUGCUAACACUGGUAGCAUCAAUAUUGGUAUCUUUGUCUAUUUUGACAAUUUUAAAGCUGUGGUUAAAGGACAACUGGAUUAUCAUACCCGCCACAAUAUUUUCAGUGACAUCGCUAGUGACUGCCGUAAGCACAUUUCAAAUCUUCCAGAUUGCUCGCAAGCAUCAACGUCAGAUAUUUCAACAGAAUCAAACGAUGGGUCAACCAUUCUGUAGAACAGUCGACGUACUAAAAUGCAAAAAGUCGGCCGUGACUAUGCUUUAUGUUUAUGGAUUGAUGCUGGCAUUUUAUCUUCCCUUUAUUUCAGUCGUCAUGAGUGAAGCAAUAUUAGGUGUUACACAGUCAGUUACUCUCGCUUAUGACGUUGCCACAGCCAUAGUUUUUAUAAACUCGUCGUUAAAUCCUUUCAUUUAUUGCUGGAGAAUGGCACAAAUACGAUUUGCUGUCAAAAAUAUUCUUAAAAGCUUUAUCUGA